UAAAGCUUUGUAUAAAAGAAGUAACCAGUCUAAAUGCUGAAGGUGCAGCAGGAUGGAAGAGGCAAAAUCCCAGAUGAAGAAGAAAGGUCAGUCAGACACAGGAACCAACCAAAGGUGGAAAAUAGAACCAGAGACGCUUUGCAGGAAUUAUGAUCCAAGAAGACCCCCAAACGUUACUCAUCUGCUGUAUGAAAUCCGCUGGGGGAAAAGUCCCAAGACCUGGAAGAACUGGUGUAGAAGCGAUCGCUCCCAUGCAGAAAUCAACUUUUUGCAAAAUGCUUGUGAGAAAAUAAAGAAUCGGAAAAACAUGCCCUGCUCUAUCACCUGGUUUCUUUCUUGGAGUCCUUGUGGUUCAUGUAGCCACGAUAUCAUUGAGUUCUUGAAAGCACAUCCUAAUGUGAAUCUGGAGAUAAGAGCCGCUCAGUUGUUCAAACAUGACAAGGAGCACAACCGGAAUGGCCUCAGGAACUUGGUCAAUUGUGGAGUGAAGAUAUCCAUCAUGCAUCUUCCUGAUUAUCGCUAUUGUUGGAGGACAUUUGUGGCUCAUCAAAAGACGCAUACUGAUUAUUGGCCAUGGUUCUUCUUUCCUCAAAUAAUGUAUUAUUUCCAACAACUUUAUUUUGUCCUUUGGAAUAUUAAGAAAACUUCAGAAAUUUGCAUCAGGAGAAAUCCUAAUUGGUGGAGAUUUGAACAUGAUUUGUGACCCCAAGUUAGACAGAAGCAUAGGAACACCAGCAUCGGCUACAAGGAGUACAGCAAAACCAGAAACAUUCCAGUCAACAUGAUGGAGAUUUAUAAUUAUACUUCACAACAAGAUCUACACAAACAACUUCCUUCAUCAGCAAAAGCUAUCUGGUUUUCACAAAUAACUAAUAGGGUCCAUACAGUUUUAUUUCUCCCAGAUAUUAUUCAGCUAUACUAGAUAUUCAGGUUUCAAAAUACUCACCUGUAUAUUAUCACUUAUCUAUGUAUUCUUACACUUUUGCAUAUUGGCUAUAUCAAUAUCAUAAAUACUGGCUCUGGGGAGAGGGGAGGGGAUUAGGGUUACACUUAUGUUGCUGUAUUGAUUAUGUUAAAUUUUUGUAUAACAACAAAAUGUUAAUAAAAAUAAAUUAAAAAAAAUAAACA